AUGGGGCUGGAAACAUAUCUGAGAAACACUGAUGAUGCUCUGUUCCAAUUAGUACUCCAACAUGAGACCAAAAAGAAGCUUUACGCCAUCCAAAAAGAGGCAGAGAAAUUCAGAAGAGAAUUUGAGGUACCAAACCUCGAUAGGGCAACAAAUGAACGAGUUACUAAGUUUGCUAGGAGGGUAAAACAGAGGGUAAAGCAACAGGCCCAAGAUAUAGAAGUGAAGCAGUGGGAAGAAAGAGAACUACGAAUAUACACGGAAGAUACCCCAAAAGAAAAAGGGAAGCAGAUGUUGACCACUAUAAAACCAACCAGUGGCUCAGAAGUACGGGACUGAAAGCUGAGACAGAGGGACUAGUGAUAAUUGCAGCCAAGGGCCAGAGCCUCCCUGCCAAGUCUUGUUUUGCAAGGAUUGUGAAGGACGACACCAUUCCACUGUACCGGAUAUGCCACAAGCACGAAGAAACAGUAGAUCACAUCAUAUCUGGCUGUCCCCGAACUUGCAAAAACUGACUCAGUAUCUAGAGAGGCAAAAUAAGGCGGCUGCAUAUAUCCAUUGCAAGGCGUGCCAGCAUUACAGUAUUGAAGUCCCACAGAGGUGGUAUGAACACAAGCCCGAGACGGUUACCGAAAACGAAGAAGUCACAAUUCUUUGGGAUAUGCAGAUACAUACGGAUAGGAAACUGUCCGCGAACAAACCUGAUAAAGUGAUCAAGGACCAUGCCAACCGGUGUUGCAAACAUAUAGAUGUAUCGGUACCAUCCGACGGAAACACCUAG